AUGGCUAGAUCUCGCGGAAGAGCUCCCCCCCCAAGACCUGUCACUCAGACUCGACAGGCCUCCACUGUUGCUGCUCCCAGAACUGUCGCAGCUCCUCCUCCCCCUCCUACUCAUGCCCCAUCGGCACAUCCUCCUCAACCAACAGCCGUUGCGGCACCUCAACAGCCUGGUCUCUUUGCCCAAAUGGCUACCACAGCAGCUGGUGUUGCUGUUGGUUCUGCCGUUGGACAUACCAUUGGCGCUGGUCUUACAGGUCUGUUUUCAGGAUCUUCAAGUUCUUCUCCUGCUGAGGUUCAGCAGGCUCCUGUUGCUGCAGCUGCCCCUGCCACCACUUCUCAAGAGCCUGCCUCAAGAGCUUGUGAAGUUGAUGCCAGAAAUUUCACUCGCUGCUUAGAUGAAAAUAAUGGAAAUAUGCAGAUCUGCGACUGGUAUCUCCAACAACUUAAGGCUUGUCAACAAGCUGCUGGCCAGGUUUGA